AUGACUUUGUUAUCCUCAAUUUCUAAAAUUGGCACAAUUAAAAACGGUAAUUCUUUGAACGAAAUUACCAGUACAAUUUCUAACAAUGAAGCUAAAGGAUCACCAUCAUUUAGCGGAAAUCAAUCAACAAAAUCUAUAGGGGAUUUAUUACUUCAAAUUGCUAUAAUUACUAAAGCCACAACAAAAAAUAAAUAA